AUGUCAAGUCAAGGAAAUAAAUAUGAAUAUGGUGAGCUUGCUGACAAACUUAUACUUGCAUAUUCAAAGCGUCGCCUCUUCAAAGCAAUUGGUACCAAAAGGGAUAGGCAGCAACAAUUCUCCAGGCUUGACAAUAAAGAUAAGAGAUUUAUACUGAAAUUGAUAGAUGUUUCCAAUUCAAAUGAAAAACAUAAGAUUCCAUCGGAGCUUGAUAUAGCACUUGAUUGUAUUGACUUGGCUAAAAUUUAUGAGGGUGUAGAUAAAAGAGAAUAUGAAAGAGAAAGCAAAGCUAAAGACCCGAAUUUAAUAUAUGAAGAUUUUAUAGUAUUAGAGUUAUUACAUUACUUCAAGCAUGAUUUUUUCAAGUGGGUCAAUAAACCUGAGUGUUCACGAUGUAAACAAUCAUCUAAUAAUAUUGUACCAACAGGUAACUCCGGUCCUCCAAGUAUAAAUCCAAGUGAAAUUUCAAUUAUAGAGAAUUAUAAAUGUACUAAAUGCAAUAUUGCCGUCAGCUUUCCUAGAUAUAAUAAUCCAAUUAAAUUACUAGAAACUAAAAGUGGUCGCUGUGGUGAGUGGGUAAAUUGUUUCAUUUUCAUAUUACGUGCAUUGUUGGGAAGUCAAUCUCAAAUAAGAUACGUCUGGAAUCAUGAGGAUCAUGUGUGGUGUGAAUACUAUAGUUUAGGUUUGAAAAGAUGGAUCCAUCUUGAUCCCUGUGAAGGAGUAUUUGAUGAACCAAAUCUUUACUGUGAAAACUGGGGUAAGAAAAUGAGUUGGUGUUUUGCCUUCGGUGAAACAUACAUUAUGGAUGUAAGCGAUAAAUAUAUUACCAAAUCAGAUAAGCAGAUUAACAAGUUGGAAUCUGUGUCUAGUUUGAAAAACAUUAAAGAAUUUAUCGAUACUUUAAACGAUGAUAAGUUGGUUAGAUAUUAUUCGAAUAUGGCAUUAACGGCUUCAGAUGAAAACAGAAACUUGAUGAGAUUGUAUCAAGAAGUUAUACUUAUACAUAAUAGUGAAAAAUUUAACAAAGAAAAUAAAAUUGAAGUGUCCAGGACGCAUAAUAUACCUACGGGAAGACAAACUGGAGAUGCUGAGUGGACCAAGUCCAGAGGAGAAGAUGGGAAUGAAUAA